AAUAUUUUUCUAUACAUAUCGAAAUAAUCUUCAAAAAAUUGUAUGGUAAAUAGAACCUGUGUGGAAGGGAAGAUUGAAAAUUUGAUUUACUUGCAUUCUAUAAGAGAAAGAAAUACAAGUUUUGUGAAUGUAGUCAGAUUAAAUCUUCAAAUGUAUAUAUAUAUAUAUAUAUAUUCGAUAUAUUAUACUCGUAGAUACGUUCUAAGAUGUUUAUACAAUUUCUCUAAUGAGACUAACUCUAAUUAAAAUUUUUGCUUAUUUCUCAGUAAUUUAACUGCACGGUAUGUCACGAUAGAUUUUACGUGAAAUUAUAUGUAAUUAGUCGAUUAUAUUUAUAAAUAAAUGGUUUUUUUUUCCUAGUUCGUCCAAAGAUCCGAGUACCGAAUCAGUUAGUAGGUGCUGCUGCAGGUACAGAUGUGCUGCUAGAGUGUAAAUUAGAAGCAUCGCCUCGCCCGCUGACAUCUUGGAUUCGAAAUGACGGUAUGAUUGUCUUGAAUAACAAAAAGUAUCAGUUGACUGAAGAAGACGAUUCCUAUCGUAUUUUAAUGAAACUAAGGAUAAACAACCUACACGAAAGAGACUUCGGCUCAUACAAAUGCGUUGCGAAAAAUACAUUAGGAGAAAAAGAAGGUUUUAUCAGAUUAUACGAAAUACCACCACCUACAAGUUUGCCACAGCCCACAGCUGCACUUGAAGUGUAUCUGCCGAGGAUGAGAGAAUUACAAAAUAACAGAAAUGAAUCCUAUUCACCGAGGAAGAGUUAUGGUCAACCUGCGAGCAAUUCUUUAAUGGACGAAUCACAUAAUUUAAGCACAGAUAAGAACACUAAAGCUAAAGGUGAAGAUAGAUCGAAUAAUCGUCAGCAGCAUUCGUAUAUAAACCCAACGCCAAAAGCAGAAUCAGCUUUAAGUGGAUGUCUGUCAAGUAAAGUUAACCUAUUUUCAUCUCUAUCACUUGUGACACUAUCUGUGUUGUGGAAAAAUCUUCAAUAAUUAUGACGAAUCUGACAUCACCAACGUCGUCAUUGUAUACAUAACAAUGUUGAACUAGUCAAUGGCGAGUGGUGCUUAACAGUGCAGGUAAAGUGCCAAUAGAAGUAAAGCAGUCCGUCUUUUGCCAGCAGCGUUUGAACAUUUUUAAUAAUAAUAAAUAAUAAUAAAAGAAAAAAACACCUGCAAGAAAAAGUGCAGUGCCAACUUUAUAAAAGCUCAAAACUGAACUCCUGUCCGAGAACUGAGAGAAUGCUGCCAAAAUAAAAAAAAAAUUUAAAAAAUAAAAAAAUAGUAUAAAAAGUGAAGGAAUGUUCUAUCACAGAUAGGACCAAAGUCGACUCUUCCAUCCAUUCGUAAUUUAUUUGUAGAGAAAGGAGUUAAAAGCACAAAUUCGAAGGAGGACAAUAAUAAAAAAAAACACUCUAACCUGCAUCUUUUAAAAAUUCUAAUUUUAACAAUUUAAGGAAAAAAAACAAAUUAUAUUGCACAUGAUAGUAAAUAUUUAAAAUAAAAAAACGGCUUGUAAAAUAUAUCUUAUGUAUUCUUUCAUUAAUUACUACUGUUAUCAUCAUUACUAUUAUUAUUUUUUUAAUUUGAUUUUUUCCACAUUGUAUCUGUUAAUUGUUAUCAAAACGCGCAUUUGUGAAGUUCUGCAUUUUAUGUCAAAUUAUUCUAUUCAAAGAUGGCAGCAUGCGUGAAGAAUUAUGGAAAAAUAUUUCGUCUAAGUUGGAAUUCAGGCAAUUGUGGCAAUAAAUUAUUUGAUCUCUCGUA